UGAUGUAUGUUUUGUUGUGGCUUGUGGCUGUUUGUGGCACUCAAAUUAUUCCCAGUGAAUGAUUAUUUUUAAAAUGUGGUUUAUAUAAUUUUUAAUCACACUCAAAGAUUUUACAAAUCGGUAAAAUGACGACGACAAUCGAAAUUCCUCUCCGGGACACGGACGAGGUUAUAGAACUUGAUUCUGACCAGCUACCUGAUGGCGAUGAAGUCUUGGGCAUUUUACGACAGGAAAACACCCAGCUAUCCAUUUGGGUUAACCUUGCGCUGGAAUAUUACAAACAAGGUAAAAUUGAAGAUUUCAUUAAGAUCCUCGAAGCCUCCAGAACGGACGCCAAUGUGGACUAUCGCGACUAUGAAAAGGAUCAGAUGCGAGCGCUUGAUAUGCUCGCAGCUUAUUAUGUUCAAGAAGCCAAUCGUGAAAAAAAUAAAGACAAGAAACGAGAGCUCUUCACUAAAGCAACGUUGUUGUACACAACUGCAGAUAAAAUUAUUAUGUAUGACCAGAACCAUUUAUUGGGCCGCGCCUAUUUUUGCCUAUUGGAAGGCGAUAAAAUGGAACAAGCAGAUGCCCAAUUCAAUUUUGUGCUAAAUCAGUCGCCAAACAACAUUCCAUCUUUAUUAGGAAAAGCGUGUAUUGCUUACAACAAAAAGGACUUCCGUGGUGCUCUAGCUUUUUACAAAAAAGCGUUAAGAACAAAUCCCAACUGCCCAGCGGCUGUUCGUCUUGGGAUGGGUCAUUGUUUUAUGAAACUAAACAACCAAGAAAAGGCGAGACUGGCAUUUGAGAGGGCUUUACAACUAGAUCCACAGUGUGUAGGAGCUCUUGUUGGUCUAGCUAUAUUAAAAUUAAAUCUGCAACAACCGGACUCAAUCCGCAGCGGGGUUCAGAUGUUAUCCAAAGCUUAUACUAUUGAUUCUUCUAAUCCUAUGGUUCUAAACCACUUAGCAAACCAUUUCUUCUUUAAAAAAGAUUAUAGUAAAGUACAACAUUUAGCACUGCACGCUUUCCAUAAUACCGAAAAUGAAGCAAUGAGAGCUGAAAGUUGUUACCAGUUAGCUCGUGCUUUUCACGUUCAGGGAGAUUAUGACCAAGCUUUUCAAUACUACUAUCAAGCCACACAGUUUGCCCCCACUGCCUUUGUUUUACCACAUUUUGGUUUAGGACAAAUGUACAUCUAUAGAGGUGACGCUGAAAACGCUGCGCAGUGUUUUGAAAAGGUUCUAAAAGCCCAACCAGGUAAUUAUGAAACAAUGAAGAUUUUGGGAUCUUUGUAUGCAAACUCAACAUCUCAAUCAAAAAGGGAUAUAGCGAAAAACCAUCUGAAAAAAGUUACUGAACAGUUUCCUGAUGAUAUCGAAGCGUGGAUCGAAUUGGCCCAAAUUUUGGAACAGUCUGAUCUUCAAGGCUCACUUAAUGCAUAUGGUACAGCCAUACAAAUUUUAAACAAAGAUGUGCAAGCUGAUAUUCCUACUGAAAUUUUAAACAACGUGGGAGCGUUACAUUACAGACUAAACAAUUUAGAAGAAGCAAAAAAGAAUCUUGAAGAAGCAUUAUCUAGGGCUAGAUCAGAAGCAGAACAUGAUCCGCAGUACUACAACUCUAUUUCAGUAACUAUAACCUAUAACUUAGCUAGACUGAAUGAAGCUUUAUGUUUGUUUGAUAAGUCUGAAAAAUUGUACAAAGAUAUUUUAAAAGAACACCCGAAUUAUGUAGAUUGUUAUUUGAGAUUGGGUUGUAUGGCUCGCGAUAAAGGUCACAUUUAUGAAGCUUCUGAUUGGUUUAAGGAAGCUUUGAGGUUUAACACAGAGCAUCCAGAUGCUUGGUCCCUUCUUGGUAACCUUCAUUUAGCGAAAGCUGAGUGGGGACCAGGUCAGAAGAAAUAUGAAAGGAUAUUAAAGAAUCCAGCAACGAGUCAAGAUUCCUAUUCUCUGAUAGCCUUGGGAAAUGUGUGGCUGCAGACUUUACAUCAGCCUACUAAGGAUAAAGAAAGGGAAAAACGGCACCAAGAAAGAGCUUUGUCCAUGUUCAAACAAGUUUUGAAAAUUGACCCCAAAAAUAUUUGGGCCGCUAAUGGAAUCGGUGCUGUUUUAGCUCACAAAGGCGCCGUCAACGAAGCUCGUGACAUUUUUGCCCAAGUCCGAGAAGCGACUGCCGACUUUUGCGAUGUAUGGUUAAACAUUGCGCAUAUCUAUGUCGAGCAAAAACAGUUCGUCAGCGCGAUACAAAUGUACGAAAAUUGCUUGAGGAAAUUUUUCAAAUAUAAUAAUGUGGAAGUGUUGCAAUAUUUGGCCAGAGCAUAUUAUAAAGCUUCUAAAUUAAAAGAAGCCAAAAUGGUUUUGUUGAAAGCUCGUCGCGUUGCACCUCAUGAUACAGUGUUGCUUUAUAAUAUCGCUUUGGUUUUACAAAGAUUGGCAACUUUUAUCUUGAAAGAUGAGAAAUCUACAUUGCAAACUGUUCUUCAGGCUGUCCAUGAACUCGGCUUAUCAUUAAAGUAUUUUACUUAUCUUGCGGAAUUCGGUGAUAAAAUGCGUUACGACGUUACUUUAGCAGCAAUGGAAGCUCGUCAAUGUAAAGAUUUACUGUCACAAGCACAGUAUCACGUGGCAAGAGCACGACGCGUUGACGAAGAAGAACGUCAACUAAGAAGAAAACAAGAAGACGAAAGAACGGCCUUCAAAAUGCGUCAGCUCGAAGAACAGAAGAAAGUCGAAGAGGAAAAGCGCCUGACGAAGGAACAGUUGCUUCAGAAACGUCAAGAAUACAAAGAAAAAACCAAGAACGCUCUUCUGUUCAUGGAAAUUCCAAGCGAAAAAUCCAAAGGCAAAGGACGCGGUCGCAAAGAUCAGUACAUCAGCGAUUCAGGAAGCGAUCGCGAAAAUCAAGAAGGCGGCGAACCGAGAGAAAAAAAAGAUCGCGGUCGGAAGAGACAACGAAGCAGAGACCGCAAACGAAAACGUGGAAGCGGGAGAAAGAGGAGAGAGAAGGGCGGUCAGUCUGACUCAGACAGUGAUAGACCUAAGAAUAAACGUAGCAAGAAGAAGCUUAAAGAACGACGCGGCAAACCAAAAGAUGAAGGUCUCAGUGCCAAACAGAAAAGUAGAAUUGUCUCCAAAGCCACGAUUUCUACAAGCGAGGAUGAUAGUGAUGAUGGCAAACUUAAAAUUGCCAGCGGCGAUGAAAGCGAAGCAGGUGGUCGUGGACGCAAAAGAAAAAUUUCAUCAGGAUCAGAAAGUCGCUCCCGAUCCAGAUCUAGAUCGAAAUCUGGCAGCAGAUCUCGUUCGAGAUCAAGGUCUAAAAGCGGAUCCAGAUCGAGAAGCGGUUCACGAUCACGUUCUAGAUCCAAAAGCGGGUCCAGGUCCAGGUCCAGAUCCAAAAGCGGUUCUCGUUCAAGAUCGCGAAGCAGCUCAAGAUCGAAAAGUGGAUCCAGAUCGAGAUCUAGAAGUAGAUCAAAAUCUAAAUCAAGAAGUCGCUCGCGAAGUGGCUCCAGGUCGAAAAGUAGAUCUAGAUCUAAAAGCGGAUCGCGGUCCAAGUCACGAUCGAGGUCUAAAUCACGAUCGAGGUCUAAGUCACGAUCGCGAUCCAAAUCUCGCUCCAGAUCUAGGUCGAGAAGUCGGUCAAAAUCUGGAUCGAGAUCAAGGUCGCCUUCGAGAUCUAAAUCUAGAUCCCGCAGUAGAUCUGGAAGUGGUUCACCCAGGAAGAGUCCUUCGCCUAGGAAGAGUGCUUCCAGAAGUAGGAGCCGUUCCGCAUCUCCAGAUAAGUCGGGAAGUGAAAGAGGGUCCAGGGCGUCUUCGCCAGCGAAAAGCGGAAGUGAAUAGGUUAAGGUUAGUUAGAUUCCUUAUUAGAAUUAUUGUAUAAAUUGAUUUACAAUAGUGAACAAGUAAAUAAAAACUUUUAUUAAAAGUCA